GUUUCCAGGGAGUGGCUCCUGCACCUGUCCGACCUGUUUCAGGGGGCACACAUGACUCCAGCGGAAUUCCACCCGUUGCUCCCGUCCUUUGUUUAACGGAGUUUCUCUUGGUGGGAGCCAGAGGAGAGGGGAGACAGAGAGAAGAGACAGGGAGAUAUAGAGAUGUCCGAACCAGACACUAAUCCCGCUGCCACCUCGUUCCCAGCGCCAACUAUUUCUCUGCCUUUGGGACUGGAAGUAUUGAGAACGUACUCAGGAGCCCUUGUAUGUUUAGAAAUAUUAUUUGGGAGUCUAGUAUGGAUCCUGGUGGCUUCCUCCAAUGUCCCCGUGCCUCUGCUGCAGGGCUGGGUGAUGUUUGUCUCUGUCACCGCCUUCUUCCUCUCCUCCGCCUACCUCACACUCCUCAUCACUGGCCUGGCUGAGCGCAUCAACACGGACUGGAACUUCUUGGAUGUGUUUUACCAUUUCCUGGCUUUGCUUUUCUACUUUGCUGCCUUCGUGUUGGAGGCAGCGACUACAGCAGCUAAUGGAGGAGCCCACUUAAAGCCAAUGGCUAAUGGCACUGUCCUGUGUAUAACCUACCCUCGGGGCAAUAUAUUCACAGUCCUGAAUGACAGGCAAUACAGUAUUAAUGUGGCAGCCACGAUAUUUGCAUUUGUGGUGACACUCUGCUACGGCUGCAGCAUGGUGAUGGGCUUCAAGAGGUGGAGGGUGUAACCGGGACAUCCAGCACACACUAGUUUUGUAACUGCUUCACAACGUCAGCUUGUAUUAAAACAUCAGUCACAGCCCCAAAGAGAGCACUGCUAUUCAGUUUAUUUGUUAUUAUCAAAGACAUAGACAUGGACGACUUCAUUUCUGCUUCAGUCACAAAACAUUUCUCCAGAUAUGGGAAUCCCUCCUCUGAGAUAUAGAAAGGACUGGUUUCAGGUAGGUUUAGUCUUGGAUGUUAAAGGUACUUUGAGGAAUGGCAUAUAGACUAGCUAAGUUGUUCAGUUAGCACCAUAUCAGUCUGAUUCUUUUGGUCAAUGAUUUCACUGUCAUGCAGCUUUCCUUAACUUCUCCAGCAAACAUCUACCUGGUAAGUUAGGGAAAGUCGUGAGGGGGCGUUGAGUAUGAUACAACAUUUUGAGGCUAUACAGGGUCAUUUAGCGUGACGCCAGUAGUGCACUUUGUUAAUCAUACAAUUAUAGCCCCAUUUGCCGAGUCACAUCGUCAUUGGAGGGAUUAUUUCCCAUUUUAAAUUCCAUAGAAAUGUGCCUAUGUAUGCUGCUAAUAGGUUGUGCACAACAGAACAUGAAUGUGAAGGCGUGACUUAUUUGAAAGACCAAGGCAACGUGACUGUUUUCAUUGUCCUUGCGGUUACCUUGGUGCUAAGGAGCUGUAAUCACCCUCUAGAUUGAAUGCAACUGUCAUUACAUUUUUAUGUGACCACUAUUUAAAAUGUGUGAUUGAUCUGAUAUUGAAAUGGAAAUCCUAAUUUCAUGUUGCAAGAACUUUUUGUCAACUUUUCUCAGUAGAUCUGACAUGUUUUCCACAGAAUUGUAGCUACUGUACAUUCCCCGUCAUUUUUUGUUACUUAAUAAUAUUUGUUUAAACUUUCUGAGGGCGGCAAUGUGGCUAACUCUAGUGAAGUAUCAUUUGACCGAGGUCUGGGUUAAACAAAUCUGUCAUUAAGAUGAGUUCUUUUACAAACUAAUCAUUUAAUCUGAUUUUCAAUAAGCUACUGUAGUUAACUACUAUAAAGUGAUUUUUAUCUACUAAUAGAUCAUUUAAGUAUGUACUGUAAGUGUAUUUUUCUGUUUAACUAUUGUAACCAUGUUGAUGCAUCAUAAAAGUGCCCAAAUUAAUAACAAUCUUACCUGCUAGAUGAUUUAUUAGUUUUAUUUACCUACUGUACACUUUUGUUCACUUGUUGUUGCAAUGGACUAUUAAAAUCUAUUUUUAAUCAUUGAUUGAAGAA